AUGAUUUCGUUGCCUGGAGACAAGGCAUCUUCAAACAUGAAAGGCAAAUUUGGACAGGGAGUCAUGACUGAAGUUAAGAGCAGCAGGAUGGUGAGAGGUGAUGCAAAGGGGCAAGGAGCUUUAGUAGGCACCAACCUGAACAAUAAUGCAAACGAGUUUGGGGUAGUCGAGUUGGCGUCCCUCAGGGGUCUUAAGGUAGUCUUGAAGUACGCCAUUGGCCAUGAACUUGGAGAUAAUGAGGACUCUGCAAUCGACGCGUCACAACAGAAGCCAAGGAAGUGCAUGAUGCGUUGA